AUCGAUUCUGGAAAUAGCACGGGGCGGAGAAGUAAGUCGGGUUAGCUUUCGACUGACAGGUCCUGUGAGAUUCUUCAAACUCUAAAAACGCUAAAAGAAUAGAAAAAAAAAUUCAAAAAUCAAUUCUCAUUAUCCUUACAAAAAAAACCAAAAAACAAAAAAAGUUUACUAAAGUUGAAAUAACGAUAUGUCACGGAAAAAAUGUUUACAAAUCAAAUGUGGCUGAUGAGGCUCAAAUUAAGCCCCCAAACCACUGUAGCUACUAGAGGAUGCACAAGUUAGCUAAGGGUCUGAAGAAAAAGAAAAAGCAGAAGAAGGGAAAGAAGGGAACUGAAGAAGACGAGUUUAAUCCCGAAGAACUUGAACGUUAUCGACGUGAACGGGCCGAGGCCCAACAAAAAUUAGCCGAAGAAUCCACCGAAGGAAACGCUUCUGCAUCCGAUGAGUGGAGAAAAUUUGAAGCUCUAACAGCUGGAGUUGAUUCAAUUCUCAAGAAAUCACAAGGCGAUCUUGAUCGUAUAAAAUCAACAUCAUUCUUCCAAAGGAAACCACCGCCCGAGGAGAAGAAACCCGAUAAUAAAGAAUCCGAAGAAACUAAAAAUCAAUCGAAAAAAUACAUUGGUUUCGAUAAAGACGGAAAUCCCAUCGAGGAAAUAAAAGAGGAGAAAGUAGUCAAUGAAAUUAAUGAAGAUGGUUUUGUCAACAUUCCCGACGAUGACGACGAACAAGAAGAUUCAUCCGAGGAAGAUAUUUUCGACACAACCUACAUCGACGUUCUACAAAACACAGAAGUUCAAUUAGCCUACAUUCCAGAGAGUCCAACCGAAGAGGAAGCUGGUGACGAUCCAUUCGAUACAACCAAUGCCGAAAAAGUAUUAAAAACCGUUGACAAGAAGGGAAAAAAAUUAGUGAGUCUUGGCAAUGCCGUUGAAGUAUUAGCAGGCCGUAUCGAUUACGUCAGCACUUGUAAACUCCAAUCAACCGAAGCGAAGAAACCUCUGGAUCUAUUAUUGGGCGACGACAUUCUUCCCGAUUCUGAAACAAUAAUUAAUAACACUUCAGAAACAAUUGAAGUGAGCAAAACUCUUUUGGACGACGACACAGAUAUACAAGAUCUCCCAGAAGUUGACUUAACAAAUUUACCCACUAUCGUUCCAAUCGUCUAUUCAAGCGAGGAAAAGAAUACAAACACAAAAACAGAGAUACCUCUAGACAUCUCCGAAUUCGAAGUCCUCAAAGAGAGUACAAUCCUCGAAGAAAUUCCCGACUUGGACGACAGUGAAUUCGAUCUAAACGCCGGCGACGAGGUGAUUAUUCUCCAAGAAGCAGAAGAUCCCUUCAGUUCAAAAGAAGCCGUUGCCACCGAAUUCCAAAACGAAAUAGUCGAAGCGAGUUUCGAAGUCGCAACAUUCGUCAACGAGGAGGAUCCAUUCGACACCGCAUUCGCCGAGAAUAUUCUACCUGGAAAAGCAGAAUUGAAAUUCAUCGAAAAAGAAUUGGAAGAAUUACCAGAAUCGAUAACAGUCCCCGUUGUUAUCAAUAACCAAAAACAAAAAACCGAACUGUUAAAUACAACAUUCAACUCCCUGGAAGUAGCGAAGAACAAUUUACUCGACAGUUCAGCGACCGAUCUCAACCAAUUGUCCGACGAACCAAUAAAACCCUCCGAGGAACUCAUCUACGUCGAUCCUUUCGAUACAUCCGGUGUCCAAGAACUUCCACCUGGUAAAACAGAACUAAAAUUCCUCGAGAAAGAACUCCUAGGCGAACCUACAAAUACUCUAUCAUUCGACGAUGACGAUUUCGAUCCAAGAAAGGACGAAAUUUCAACAAAUGAAAUAAACCCAAUUAUCGACAACUCCAUACCUUCUUAUCGUAAAACUUCAAGACCAGAAGUUCUCGAAGUGACCCAACAGAAAGCAGUCGCCUUCGAAAUUCCAACUCCUUCAAGUCGACCAGAUCUCCUCUCAACAAGCAAGGACGAAAAGGUUCUACCAUCAAAACCCCUCACGCCCUACUACUGUCAAAAAUCCUUCGAGGAAACAUUUGAAACCGACGCCGAUCAAGAAGUCGAUCCAUUCGACACAAGUUUCGUCGUCAAAGUCGCCCCGAGUAAAGUCGAAUUGAAACUAAUCGAAAAAGAAAUACUAGAAGCUGAAAAUCAAUUCGAGAAUACGAAACAAAUAUCAACCGAAGAAGUUCUUAGUCACUAUACCAAGAAGACAGAAAAAAAAACCGUUGUUAAACAAGAGAGUCUUUUAGAUUCGGAAAUUGCCGUCGAUAUCAAACCCCUGACACCAUGUAUUGAGACAAAAAAAGUCGACGAAGAAAUCAGUUACUCUGAUCCUUUUGACACAUCAAUUGCUUCCAGUAUAUUGCCCGGUAAGGCCGAACUAAAAUUAUUAGAAAACGAACUCAGUCAAGUUCCCGAGCCUGUACAAACUCGUUUUGUUCCACUGAAUCUCGCACAAGUAUCCAAUUUUCACGAGGCAAAGGAAUCCACCGACUUCCUCUGUCUAGACGCCAAUGAUCCUGGCCACAAAGUUCUGACUCCUUUACAAGAGAAUCAGUUAUUUGCUGCCGAGGAGGAGGACAUCGAUCCAUUUGACACCAGUUUUGCGUCCGUUGGUCUUGGCAAAACCGAAAUUAAACUACUCGAGUCCGAGCUUAUCAACAAAUUCAACAAAGAGGAAUUUGAAAGUCAGUGGAAUAUCUACAGUGGAAUAAGUAACAAAAAAGCAAAAAUGGAGUCAAGAGGCGGAAACCCCUUCCUAAUCGACGACCCAUCGACUGUGCAGGACACAGCAGGAAUGUUCCAACAAACCUCAAAUCCUUUCCUCCAACAAUUCACCGAGCCAACCUCAACAGCAUCAUCAGCAGGCGAGAAUCCAUUCCUAAACUUCACGGCCGAACAAACCUACCAACCACCUUCCCUAGACUCAACGAAUCCUUUUGCGAAUCCCUUCGCCACUGAAUCGACCACAGACUUGGAUCUAGACAACAUACCUACCUCCGAUGCUCUAUCAACUCACAUAGAAACCGCGAAUAUUUUUCAAGAAGAAACAAAAGCAGCGGCGCCAGAUAUAUUUGCUCCACCACUCAUUGAUGACAUCGACAAGCCCAUCAUCAAGACAUCGAGUCCAAGUCCAUCGCUACCAUCAAGACCACCGCCACCAAUACCACCGGCGAGAAACACCAAGGAUCUCAUUCUCUCCGUCACCGGUGCAAUGGACGCGACAUCAAGUCAAAUGUUGGAUCGCCUUCAGCAAACGAGAACACCGAGUCCAACAUUGAUGCACUCACCGUCACCGACACCCGAGCACAGUGUCGCUGAUCUUCUCGAUGUCGAUAGCAAUGUGCCGGACAUAACUGACGAUGAUAGAAAACAACAAAUUGAUGAGACUAAAAAUAUACUUGAUAUUUUCGAUUCGGAUUCUAUUCAAACAAAUUCAACAAUUCUAUUCAAUUCAAAGGAUGUUAAUCCUCUGAUGUCGAGUGAAUCGUCAUUCACUGGGAUACAGGAGAAUAUGUUCGUGAGUAAUAUUCCGAUGAGUGAGACGCUUAUUGAUGAUUCUAGUACCACGAGUUCUGUGGAGCAUAUUCCGACUGGUGAGGAGACUUUUGUUCCUGAUACUAGUCUUUCUGGAGAUUCGACGAAUCUGUUUGAAUCAGGAACAGAAUCAACAAUGCCCGAUUAUCUAGCAUCAGAAACGAUAUUACCAUUAAACGCAAACGAGGUGUUACCAACGGUAAUUACCGAAAAAUCUAUGUCACCAGGAUCUGAUAUAUUAUCGUCAGAUGCAAAUUUGUCUUCCGUGACUGAAAAAACAAAUUUCGGAGCUCCCGAAAUGGGAUCAACAAUGUUUACAGCAAUUUCACCAACAAAUACAAGCGAUGGAUCUUUCUUUACAUCUAUAGAAAGUGUUUACACACGUGACAAUGCAAACGAUAUUCCAAGUAAUAAUAUUACCCCCGCUGUUGAUUCAACAGCAAUAAAUGAUUUGGAUUUUAAAACAACGCCAACGGAUUUCGCCAAAAAUGAUGGUUACUUUACAAAUGAAAUAAAUAAUUUCCCCAAUGUAAUGGAGGAGACUGCCGAUUCAUUCGAUGCGUUUGCAUCGAAAUUUGAUAAGGCUGCCGAACCAAGUGGAAACAAUAUUUACGAUCCUUUCUCUGGUGGUUCAAUGGGAAUGGAUACUUCCGACGAUGUAUGGGGAGAUUCAACAGUUGCGAGUUCAGACGCUGCUUUCACUGGAUUUGAUGAAUCGGAGGGAUUCGAUUCCUUCCUGAGUAUGACAGCACCACCGCAAGAAGCUGCAAUGAAACGAACCGAAUCUGGAGAUUCUGACGAUGCUCCCGAUUUUAGUGUAUAUAUCAAACCUAAAGAAGGAGAGCAACUGAGACAAGGUGAAGAGGGUCCAGUUCCAAUACUCGCACCUCCACCUAAAAGUCCGCAAAAUUCCGCUUACUCUGAUGCUACUUUGCGCUUCAAUCCUUUCGACAAGUCUGCUGGUUUUGCUCAAGAAGCUUACGCGCCGUCUAAUAUUGAACAGGCUGAAAUUAAACGUACCGAUUCUCAGGAGACACCGCCAACGCCUCUGUUUGACGAGGACGUCAGUCAACCAUUGGAAGAUUUUCCAAGAGUGACAUACACAGGCGAUGGUUGGGAAAUGCAACUCCGUCAGCCGAACAAGAAGAAAAUAACAGGACAGAGAUUUUGGAAGAAAAUCUUCGUUCGACUCGUCUAUCAGGGCGACAAUCCGGCUGUUCAACUAUUCCAGACUAAGGACGAUAAGGAUCCAUUUCAAGAAUUGCCCCUACUACCGUGCUAUUCAGUAUCGGAAAUUGGAGCCCAGCAAUUUGAUCACUAUGGCAAAAUAUUUACUGUCAAAUUGCAAUAUAUCGUCUAUAAGGAGAGGCCUGGCGUUCGUCCCGGUCAAGUGACGAAAGCUGAAAGAUUAACAAACAAAUUAAGCCAAUUCGCAGCUUAUGCAAUUCAGGGCGAUUAUCAGGGCGUCAAGGAAUUUGGUAGUGAUUUGAAGAAAUUAGGUCUUCCCGUCGAACAUGCACCUCAGAUAUCACAACUUUUUAAAAUAGCAUCUCAUAAUUAUGAGGAUAUGAAGGAAUUUUCUUCGGCAAUUGAAGAAGCUCUUUUUAGAUUAUCAGCACAUAGGGAUCGAGCUUUGCAGUAUAAAAUGGAAGAGGUUCAAAUAUCAGUAGUCGAUGAACUUUAUGUGGAACAAAGUUCAGAAGGCCAUAUAGAGAAACAAAUAGCUCGAGUUCGACUAUUUUUCUUAGGCUUUCUCUCAGGAAUGCCUGACGUUGAAUUGGGUGUCAAUGACAUGAGAAGACAGGGAAAAGAAGUGGUUGGUCGCCACGAUAUUAUUCCAGUUGUCACUGAAGAAUGGAUAAGAUUAGAAAACGUCGAAUUUCACUCUUGCAUUCAACAAGAUGAAUUUGAAGAUUCGAAAAUUAUAAGAUUCAAACCCCCAGAUGCGUGUUACAUUGAACUGUUAAGAUUUCGAGUGAGGCCACCGAAAAAUCGUGAAUUACCCCUUCAACUAAAAUGCGUCUUUUGCGUCACGGGAAAUAAGGUGGAAAUAAGAGCGGAUAUACUCGUUCCGGGUUUCACAUCGAGAAAAUUGGGUCAAAUUCCCUGUGAAGAUGUCAUGGUGAGAAUACCAAUUCCUGAAUGUUGGAUAUAUCUCUUUAGAGUUGAGAAACACUUUAGAUAUGGUUCAGUUAAAUCCGCUCAUCGGCGAACGGGAAAAAUUAAGGGCAUCGAAAGAUUCCUCGGCGCUGUUGAUAAUCUUGAACCACAACUUAUGGAAGCUACUUCCGGACAAGCGAAGUAUGAACAUCAACACAAGGCUAUUGUAUGGAGAAUGCCACGAUUGCCUAAGGAAGGACAGGGAGCUUAUACAACGCAUCAAUUAGUUUGCCGUUUAGCAUUAACGUCAUAUGACCAAAUUCCUCCAAAUUUAGCACAGUAUUGUUAUGUUGAAUUUACAAUGCCAGCAACACAAGUAUCACACACGACAGCUAGAAGUGUUAGUUUCAGAAAUCAUGAUAGUGAUGAUCCACCGGAAAAAUAUGUACGAAAUUUAUCACGACACGAAUACAGGGUCGGUAUUGAACACACAAAAGGUGAAGGUCCGGGCGCUUAUCUAACUGCAACGAUAGCUAAACCAAUUCCCGAAUCAACACCAGAAACACAUGAACCAACACCAGCUGAUUCUGACUCUGAUUCCUCAGAAUAGUGCAAUAAAAUGUAAAAUUAUUUUUCCUUUUCUUUUUAUUUUCCCCUUUUUUUUGUUUUAGCGAGAAGAAACAAAAAAUGAAGAAUAUAAGUGCGUAUAAUAAAGUAAUGAGUUUAAUGAGAAAAAAAUAAGUUAUAGAGAGAUGUACCUAGCUAUAUAUAAUAUAUGUUGCAAAUUAAUGUAAAAUGUUGAAUCUAUUCUAUACGAUAAUUUAGAAAAACAAAAAGGCUUGGUUUUCCGCUAUUGUGUUUGCAAAAAAAUGGUUUGAGAUUGAUUGUACUGAUCUAUUUAAAUUAUAUAGGAUUAUAAAUAUAUAUAUAAAUGAAAAAAAAUGUACAAGAGUUCCAUUUGUGAAAUUAUAAAAAUUGACGAAGGCAAAAUUUAUAUGCGGGCGUUAAAGACGAAGUAUCGUAUCAAUGUAACAAAUAGAAUUAUAAAUAAGAUAAAAGGCGUGUUAAAGUAUA